UUAAUUUGAUCCUACGGUGAAUAUUUCAUGAAUUGUGUCCGGAAAGAGUAAAAGCUUUGACCUUUGCAAAAGGGGGAGAUAGAUAGAAGCUGGGGCACCGUCAGGAUAAGGAGGGGCAUAUUCCUCGGUAUAAUCCUCAAUACAAAGAACUGCAAACACCAGUCUGUUUUCGAUUACCAUUCAAUCAUGGCGACCCCAGAUGUUCUGAUUAGGGAGCACGAUUUGCUUUCCUCAUCGCCUCUCUUUGACCUUCCGAAAGGAGACAAAGCCAAAUCUCGAGGAUAUGCUAUAGAGCAAAAGAUUGAGCAGCUUGAGAACUUGGCUGGAAAUGUAAGGAACCGUAGAUCACGCAGAUGGUUAAAUGAUCGUUUAUUGAUGGAGCUUGUUCCUCGGCUAAAUGCUGAAGAAAUAAGGGGAUUGUUUGCUCCGCCACCUUGGGGCGAUGAAGUUCCACCAUCAUCAUUUAGCAUGACAAAUGGGGAGGAAUGGGACAGAUUUAGACAUACAGAUAUGGACAAAGAGGCAAUCACCAUCAAAGCAUUUGAAAGUUCCAUUUCUAAGAAGAAUGGUCAAAUGGAUUCUGAUAAGAUGGCUGUUUUGAAUGCCUGGCACAGGGUGGGUGUUCGAACUAGAGAAGCACUUCGUCGUAGCUUUCAGUCCGACUCCCUUAAAGUAUACGAGGAAAAAGUGCGAACAUUUGUGACAGAUGAUAAUGAUGGAGAUGGAGAUGUGCUUGUGAUGAAUGUUCAAGAUCCAUUCCAGAGGUUGUUGCUGCAUGGUGUUUGUGAGUUCUACAAUGUGGUUUCGAUGACAACUACUGAGUCGAAGGAGGGGAAGGACGGGUUGAAGAUGACAAGGAUAAAGAAGAAGAAAGUGAAUCGUGCUGAGGUCCCAAAUAUAUCGCUUUGCGAAUUCCUGAAAAUGGCUAAAGGCGGUUUUGGUGAAAUUCCCAGUAGAGUGGAUUAUAUUUGAUUUGAUUUGAUUUGAUUCAACUGUAAAAUAAGACAACCUAUGGUAUGGUUGGUGGUGAUAAUUAAGGAUCUCAAUGCAAAGCUUAAUUAACAAUCAUAACAGUAUCCAGUAGUAUUAAUUUUCUCUAGCUUCAGAGUGAUUUAAGGUUGUACUUUGUACAUACAUUAUUAUAUAAAUGUUUAGUUGUUUUCAUUUA